UCAAAAUAAUUAUUGUUAUGUAGUUAUGUUGAAAUAUGGUAAAUGCUAUACGAUAGUAUUCAUUUGCAAUGGAAGUUUUGCGAAACCUUCAACAACAGUUGGCAAAAUUUUUACAGCAUAACUUGAACUUAAAUAGGUUUGUAUUGAGGUAUCAAAACAAGCAGCUAGCAGAAAGUGGCGAUAUCUUAAUUAAACAGAAUGAGUUCCAAAAUUUCAACGAAGAAGAACUAGCUACAUUGGUCUCCGUUAGUAAAGAAUGGGAAAUCUCCGUAAAGACAGCACAGCUGACAAGUACUGCAAGUAUCAGUUUAUUUCUGAGUAGAGAUAGAGUAUAUCGGGCAUUCAUCCAAAAAUGCACGGAAAGUGGUUUUGCAGGGACAGCUCGUGAUAAACAGAUACUUUUAAUUUGUGAUAUCGAUGAAAAUCAGAAUAAUCUGUCGAUGGUAGAUUUUAGAAUAUUGUCUGUUAAAAAUGUGGCAAGUAAUUUGUUACGGUUUGAUGGUUACAAAGUAUCCAAAGAGUUUAAUGAUGGUGUGCAAACCAUGAGCAUAACCAGAAAUCGCUCUAAACAAUCUACAGAUAGUUAUGAAAUCCUGUGUGGCUCAGUGGCUACAUGCGGAAUUACUGCUGAUGAAUAUAUCAGGAAACGUGCCAACGACAUGCAGUUAAUCGCUCAGCACAAGUAUGGGAUUCGCGUUAAAGACCAUCGUCGUUUUCAAAAUACGAUUAUUAGUCUCGGUCGAUCUGCAGCCAUCGUAGAUAUGCUGGAAGCAAAAGCAUCCAGUCCAAUUGAUAUAAGAAAGAACAAUAAUCAAUCUAGUAAAGGAGCCCAGUUUGUCUUGUACAACUACGCUCGUUUAUCAGUACUGUUUAAAACUUUUGAGGAAAAACAAAAAACGAACUAUUAUCCACAGUUACCAUUAAUAAUAGAUAUCGAUUUUAAGCUACUUAAGGAAGAGGACGAGUGGCAAUUGUUUUGGGUUUAUGUAGCUGGUUUUCCCACUAUGAUCAAUCAAGCCUUAGGAGACGGUCAAUUAAGUAGAUUGGCUCCUCAUGUAGUGCUUAGUUUCACCUCGAGUCUGGUGAUAUGCCUCAGCAAAUAUUAUCGACGCAUACGAAUACUAACGGAAAAUCGUCAACACCUUCUACCAACUAUGUUUGCACGAAUUUAUCUAUUACAAACGGUGUACAAUGUAUUAUCCACUUUGCUACAAUUACUGAACUUAGAGCCUGUAACAGAGAUGUAAAAUGAUUUUCUACGACUUUCUCUCAAAAAUCAUUCCCCAGAAAAUAAAACAUUGAACUCCAGAAAAUUAUCAGCGAAGUAAUUGAUAUUGCUGCUGGAGAAACUUGUAGCAGAAUGUAUCAAUUCCUAGAAAGUCAUGGACCACAAUAAGCAAAUACCCAGGAACCCAGAAAAAAGUAGUAAUGUACAUCAUUUGGACAAGGAUCUGAGUCACGGCCAAUGACUCAACACUAUGAUAUUCCUUCUUAUAAUCAAAAACCUCAACUUGACGCAUUUUUAAAUCGUGUAUUGAAAAACUUGCACGCCUUUCAUUUUAAAGGAUAUGUAACUUGUUUAAUGUUUGAUUUUGACAUUUUGCCCUUCUAAUGUGAAAAUCGUUAACCAGGCGAAUGUGUCCUUAUAGUUUCUAUAUAUUACAUUUUGGUGGGGAAAGGGUUCCAAUCAGCUUUUUACAGCCCUGUCCAAAACGUAUUGCCCUCCCCGUUAAUUUGUAUCAGGCCGAAUUAGCGCAUGCGCGCCAUAUAAACGCCUCUUUCAAUAUGAGGAAAUUAUAUUAUUACCCAAUAGUUUCUAUUAUUUAUUCAUGUUGGUUUUCUUACCUUUGGUCAUAGUUUAUAUUCUGUUUUACCUUAAUUCCAGUGUUCUAUUCAAUUGUGUUUCGUAAGUGUCUUUUGUUUUCCUUCUAUUUUAUUUCCAUUCCGUACUUUUGCUGAUGUUAUUUUAUUCCCUGAAAUGUAAAAGUUAGUUGUA